AAAUGGCGUAUGAACCUAUUGUUGUUCACUGGCUACCAUAGGACUAUACCUUUUAACGUAAUCUCUUCAAACAUAGAAUGGAACACCGCCACCCUUAAUGCAAGGCCACAAUUGUAGUGUUUCUUGAUAUUAGGGCCGCCUUCAAUUCGUUGGACAGGGCUGUUAUCCGAGAUUGUUUAUUGAAGAAGGAUGUGCCUGAGAUGUUUAUUAACAUCAUUAAAGCCCUAUAUACAAACAUCUCAGGCAGAGUAAUGACAUACAACUAUCUUUCUUCAUUGUACCAUUCAAGCAGUGUGGUUAGGCAGCACUCCCCAAUCUCAUUAUUCCUCCUCAGUGUUUUAAUUGAUGGCAUUCUGGAAUCAUCUCUGAUGGAUAUAGGUAAUGGUAGUGUGAAUCUGUUGCCUGGAGAAAGAUUUUUCGACAUUGAGUACGCAGAUAAUAUUGUCUUACUAUGUGAUAAGACUCAAGCCAUGCAAACUGCAUUUAGUCAUUUGGCUAUGUGUCCAUAGGUAUGGCAUGUGCUUUGCACCUUCCAAGUGCAAA